AAGAAUAUUAUGUUUCCCUCUGAGUGUAUCUAAAAUUAGGGCAACCUCGAACCCUGAAAGCUGAUCCUUAUAAAAAGCUCCUAAGCGCCUCCAUUUUCUCUCCCUCUUUGAAGCUGAAAGCAAAGGCGCGAAGGCAAAACGUGUUACUCUCUUUCUGCAGCUUGAACAAAAUGUACACUUCGAGGAAGAAAAUUCUCAAGGAUAAGGAUGCAGAGCCCACUGAACUUGAAGAGACAGUUGCACAGUAUUUAUUUGACUUGGAGAAUACCAACCAGGAUCUGAAAAGUGACUUGAAGGAUCUCUAUAUAAAUCAAGCAAUUCAAAUGGAUGUGGCCAAUAAUCGCAAGGCUGUAGUCAUCUAUGUGCCUUUCAGAUUGAGAAAAGCAUUCCACAAGAUUCAUCUCCGACUUGUCAGGGAGUUGGAGAAGAAAUUUAGCGGGAAGGAUGUUAUUUUGAUUACCACAAGGAGGAUCUUGCGUCCACCAAAGAAGGGCUCUGCCGUUCAGCGUCCCAGGACCCGGACAUUGACUGCAGUUCAUGAUGCCAUGCUAGAGGAUGUUGUAUAUCCUGCAGAGAUUGUUGGAAAAAGGGUCAGAUUUAGAAUUGAUGGCUCAAAAAUAGUGAAGGUUUUCUUGGAUCCCAAGGAGCGCAAUAACACCGAGUACAAGCUGGAGACAUUUUCUGGAGUUUACAGGAAGCUUACUGGAAAAGAUGUAGUAUUUGAUUAUCCAGGCACAGAAGCCUGAUAAGCUGCUUGGUUUAAUGGAGGUUUUUUUUUUUUUUUUUUUGCAGUUUUUGUUAGAACCACACAUUAUAUUAAACAAUAUCCAAAAUUUUGACUUCUGGAAUUUUUUAUUUGCUGCUUCUUUUCCUUGAUGACAUUAAAAUUACUAAGAAGUAUUUUUUGUGGCUGUAGAAAAGGUAUUUAGGCCUUGGUUUAGAUUGAUUUCCUUUUGUUUACAUUGAAGCUUGGCUCUAUCAGUUGCAAUACUGUUUGUGUUUUACAGCACAUCUUUGGUUGGAGUUUGGCUUUAUAAAAUGUUAUUUUUAAAAGUUAA